AAUGAUACGAUUAUUGUUGAAAUAAAUAUUGUUGAAAAGAGAUAAAAAUUGAUACCUCGGUUUACAGUUAUACAAUUCUUUUGCACUUUAUAACUGUGUUUCACAGAUAUCAAGAGAAGACGUUGUCAUGGAAUUACAUCACAAAUCAAUAUCUCGUAAACACUAAAAAUUCUUUCGUUAUAGAUAGCACCCCUCCACCUUUCCACUCUCAUCUUCAUAUAAAUUACAAUAAUUAUCCUUUGAAUUCGCAAUUUCCCUCUUUCAAAGAGACGCAGCUGUCGACAACGUCACGAUUUCACAGAGGGUUAUCAUAAUUCCUGAAUCAUGCAAAGAGCAUCGAUAACAAUUCAUUUUUUACUAAAUAAGAAGAGCAACGCAUAUACCCUCUUUAUUUCCCUCCCACUUCUUUUUCAUCUUCCCAAUUAAAAGGCCGUAUGCACGAACGGUAAUAAUAUGAAAUAAACACAAAUUACACGAUCGAUGAAUAGAGAAUACCAAUAGAUCAAAGUGGGUAGUCGCCUCCGCUGCGAUAAUCAAUAUUCACUCUGUACUGCUGCGGUUCGAUGUACGAACGUAUCAGUCAGUUUUAUUAAGUGAAAACGAUAUGAGUUUUCUCGAAAGCGAUAUAUCUGUCAGCCUGACGUCAAUUUUCAUGAAGCUCGUGGGACUAUGGAUGGCGAGCAACCAACACCAACAACGGAUGAGGAACAUUAUGGUUUCCUACAACGUGAUCGCUAUUUUUUUCGCUCUGUGGAUACAAGCUAUGGAUAUAUAUCACUCGUGGGGAAAUAUUAGAGCAUGUCUCUUCUCUACGUCCAACACGUUGUCGUUAAUUUUGCCCCUGUUGAAGAUAUUCAUUUUGCUUUGUCACAAAGAAGACUUUUUCCGUUUGAUCCUGUACAUGCAAAGGAACUUUCUACGGGGGAAUUACGACGACUACGAGAGAAAAGUCGUGAUCGGUUGCAAGCGAAAAUGCACCAUCUUCAUUUGUUUCUUCACGUUUCUUACAAUGGCGACUAUCGUUUCUUACAUCGCCAGUCCAAUCAUUGAAAACAUUGGAAAAAACGAGUCGGACAGAGUGCUUCCAUUCAACAUGUGGGUUAACCUACCACUAAGUAUGACUCCAUAUUUUGAAAUUACGUUCCUGUUACAGGUUUUAUCCUUGUAUCAAAUUGGGGUGAGUUACUUCUGUUUCGACAAUUUUUUGUGCAUUAUGAAUUUACACGUGGCUGGACAAUUUCAAGUGUUGCAAUAUAGAAUUUCCAACAUAGCAGAUUUGAUAAUUAAAACGGAAGAGAAAAAGGAGAAAUUAAUUACAGACUCGUUGUAUUUUUCCAAUAAAUGUUACACCACUUUUAAAAAAUAUAUUCGCCAACAUCAAGCUCUUAUAGCGUAUUGUAGAAAAAUUGAAGCGGUAUUCAAUUGGAUUGCAUUAGAGCAAGUUUUGAUGUUCAGCUUGCUAAUUUGCCUCGAUGGAUAUCAAAUACUCAUGGCAAAUGAAGAUAUCAAAACACGUUCGAUCUUCAGUUUCCACAUAUUAGCAUGCCUAUGCCAAUUAUUGAUGUUCACCUACAGCUGUGAUUGCAUUAUACGAGAAAGCGUGAGCGUAGCUACAGCAGCAUACGAAGGACCUUGGACGUUACCACCAAUGACUAUAAGCGGGAGGAUGAUGCGAAAAGAUUUGAUAGUAGUCAUUAUGAGAGCCAGUAUACCUUGUUGCUUGACAGGAAAGGGAUACUUCAUCGUGUCUCUCGAAACAUAUACCAGUGUAAUAUAUUAAUCGUUUUGAGUACCGCGGCGUCCUAUUUCACAUUGUUACGAAACAAUAUAGAAAAUGAGAACGAAACAUAAUUAAUAACGCAAAUUUCCAAUCAACUGAUCGAAUAAGAAAUCUAUUAGCUAAAAUUAUAUGAUUAUUGUUAAAAUAAAUAUUGAUAAAAAAUUUACAAUAAAAAGUUUACAAUUAUUAUA